AUGAUAUCCCACACUGGAGAAAAGCCACACACAUGUGAUCAGUGUGGGAAGAGUUUUGCACUAAAAGAUCAGCUUAAGAAACACAUGACAAUCCACACUGGAGAGAAGCCUUUCGCAUGUGAUCAAUGCGGGAAGAGUUUCAGACAAAAAGGAAACCUUAAGGUACACAUGACAAUCCACACUGGAGAGAAGCCGCACACGUGUGAUCAGUGCGGGAAGAGUUACGCAGAUAAAGGAGCCCUUAAAGAUCACAUGAGAAUCCACACUGGAGAGAAGCCACACACAUGUGAUCAAUGUGGGAACGGUUUUGCAACAAAAGCAAUACUUGAACGACACAUGGUAAUCCAUACUGGAGAGAAACCGCACACAUGUGAUCAGUGCGAGAAGAGUUUUGCACUAAAAGGAAACCUUAAGGUACACAUGAGAAUCCACACUGGAGAGAAACCACACACGUGUGAUCAGUGCGGCAAGAGUUUCAGACAAAAAGUAGCUCUGAGACAACACAUAAAAAUCCACACUGGAGAGAAGCCGUACCCAUGUGAUCAAUGCGAGAAGAGUUUCACAUCAUCAUCCUUAAAGAGGCACCUGCAUGUUCAUACAAAGGAGAAGCCUCACAUGUGUUCUUUCUGUGGAAAGAGUUUUAAUCAGCUGAGUACUUUAAAAUUGCACCAGAAAAGACACACUGGUGUGAAGGAUCACAUGUGCUUUGAUUGUGGGAAGACCUUUGUUAGAGAUGCUGAACUGAGACAGCACCAGAGAGUUCACACUGGAGAGAAACCUUACAAGUGUUCACACUGUGACCAGAGAUUCAGUCAGUCAGGACGUAUGAAAAGACACGAGGAGAAGAUUCACGCUGGAGAAAAGCCUCACAUGUGA